AAUUGAGCGAUUUGUGUUUCUCAAUUUAAAAAUUAGUUUACAUUUAGGACUUUGGACUUCGUUCAUUUUUGUUUUGAUAUUAUACAAAGUUAACUGUGAAUUAAAUUCCAAAAUACUGUACUACAAUGACACUGAUUAAGAAGUCAAUUCUCUUGUUUAGAUCUUCGAAAUUAGCACCCGCAAGAGGAAUAUUUACCAGGCUGUACUCUUCAAAUGUGGAAGUCCCGAAGUUUGAAACCCUUGCUGUCUCUGUGCCGAUCAAAAAUGUCUUCCAUGUGGAGUUGAAUAGACCUAAACAACUUAAUACUUUUAACAAAGCUAUGUGGAAGGAAAUAGGAAUGUGCUUUACGUCUCUAAGUGAUAAUCCUGAAUGCAGAGUGAUAGUAUUGUCUGGACAAGGCAAACAUUUUACUGCAGGUAUUGACUUCAACAGCCUCCUGGAAGAGACAAGCAAAGCUGAGGAUUUUGAUGAUAUCGCACGCAAAGCUAGAAUUCUCAACACAUUAAUUAGUUAUUGUCAGGAUGGUAUCACGGCUUUGGAGGAAUGCGUGAAACCAGUGUUGGCUGUAGUACAUAACGCUUGUAUCGGCGCUGGCGUUGACCUCAUUACUGCUGCUGACAUGAGGUACUGUACGGAGGAGGCAUGGUUUCAAGUGAAGGAAGUGGAUUUAGGUCUUGCAGCUGAUGUAGGCACCCUACAAAGGUUACCUAAGGUAGUAGGCAACACAUCGACAGUUCGAGAAUGGUGUUUUACAGCAAGGAAGGUGCCCUCAAAAGAGGCCUCCGAUUUGGGAUUAGUCAGCAAAGUAUUUCCUGACAAAGAUAGCGCAAUACAGCAAGUUCUAGAAGUCGCGAGAGGUAUCGCCCUGAAAAGUCCUGUGGCUGUGCAGAUGACGAAGAAGUCACUGGUGUACUCACAGAGCAGACCAAACAAGGAUGGAUUGGAACAUAUCAAACUGAUAAACCAAGCGAUGCUGCAAAGUGAUGACCUGAAAAAAGCAGCAAUGGCGACCGCGACCAAAACAGAAACCGAAUUUGACAACUUGUAAACUAUACAAAUUAGUCUAUGGAAAUUACUACAGCGGCCCCUGUACGACUUAUAUCGACAUAUCGAUAUUUUUUUAUUCAUUUAUUUAUUUUUAUUUGAUAACUAUGACCCAUCUACACUAUAAAAACCAAACUAAAUCAGUUAACUUACAGAGAUGUUAAUAUUAAGAGUUUCAAAUUAGAAUUUCUGCCCUUAAUAAUAAAGCUUGUAAAAUGGUAUAUCGGUGAAAUUUUUGUACAUAAUAAUUGUUUUUUUGUUUGUUUGACCCUUAAUUUCAACAUUCAGUGUAAAUGUAACUUUAACGUUUACAAAUUCCGUUUGUUUCUAGGAUAAAAAGUAGCCUUUGUGCUUUCAGCUAGCUCUGUUCCAGAAAUCAAGUCGAUGUGUUGAAAUAUGAAGGAAAGACAAACAGACAUAAUUAAACAUUUGUUAUGGUGUCAAGGACACACAAAAAAACGAACACACUCAAACAUAAUAUUAGUUAGCAUUUUAAUUUUAAUAAUAGAAAUGUU